AAUCAGCUGGUAAACAUUGAAACGCUGUAAUCUACGUCCAAAGAUAACGAAUACCGUGCAGUCCUUGCAGUACGCUCCGCGCACCCGACGACGUGUGACAAAACGAAAAAUGAAAACUCUUGCAGAACGAACAAGUGGUUCACUUUAUUGGUGGCUGUUUGCCACGCUGCUGCUACCGAUAGCAAUUCCCGGUCUUGUUUUCAAACUGUUAGGAAAAAUGAAGGAAAAACGUUACGCCCGGAGUUUGAAUGGGAAGGUGGUGCUCAUAACUGGCGCAAGUGGCGGUCUGGGCGAAGCAUUGGCGCAUAGUUUUUUCCUUGCCGGUUGCAAAGUCAUCCUAGCUGCCCGACGAAAGGAAGAGUUAGAGCGUGUCCGCAAGGACCUGUUGGCGGUUCAUACGACGGUCCCAACGCAUCCGCCCGUCAUUCUCCCGCUGGACCUCUCGGAUCUGAACAGUAUUGCCGGCAAAGUGCAAGAGAUACUAGAAAUUCAUGGUGCUAUCGAUAUUCUAAUCAACAACGGGGGCAUUAGUGUGCGAGGGGACGCCCUCUCAACCGCCAUCGAUGUGGACAUACGGAUCAUGUUGGUAAACUACUUCGGCACCGUGGCCAUGACGAAAGCCUGCCUGCCUUCGAUGAUAGCGCGCAAGGAGGGCCGUAUUGUAUGCAUUUCCAGUGUGCAAGGAAAGUUUGCAAUCCCGUACCGUUCGGCGUACAGCGCAUCCAAGCACGCCCAGCAAGCCUUCUGCGACAGUCUACGGGCGGAAGUGGCGAAAGACAACAUCAAAGUGACACUCGUUUCACCGGGCUACAUUAACACCUCGAUGUCGAUAAAUGCUCUCACCGGGUCUGGGCAGGCGUAUGGAAAAAUGGAUGCAGCAACAGCCGGAGGAGCGUCACCCGAAGCCACAGCGACCAGUAUUCUUAAGGCAAUUGCGCGGGAUGAAAAGGACAUAAUCCUGGCUCCGAUUGCACCGCGGGUAGCAUACUGGCUAAGACAUUUGAUGCCACCAGUUUACUUCUGGGUCAUGAAGAAACGAGCCGAAAAAUUAAACACCGAGUAAAGUAGGCAAUAAUAUAGGAAGCUCGUAACAACAGUUACCAGCAAAGUAGGCGGGUUUCUAUUAGCUUUGCUUUGCGAUAUGUUACUUUUAGCUUUAUGUUGGUAUUUGUCUUUAGUUAUCAUCGCUGACGUUUACCGUUCAGUGUUUGGGCAUUAAUUUAAAGUAACAAAUAACUCCAAAAAUGACCAUGUCACAAAGAAACCACAUUGAUAUGAAUAAAGUUCAAACUAUAUA